CUGGCUCUGCGUGCACUUCGGGCACAAAUUACGAGAGGGUAUAGUACAAAGGAGGGAGUCUUUUGAUUAUGUCUCACUCCACAUGGCAUACCCGAGGCUCGCCGUGUUAGUACUCUCCAUAGCCUCGGGUCAGGGCCCAAGUAAGAUCAACUUCGGUGAGGAAUACCUCUGUCUCGAAUCUCGGCCAUGCGUGCCUUUCCUUGAAUGUUCCGUUUCUUGUCAUCCUCAUGGCUGGUGGACGGACAACAAUGCAGCGGACAAGCCCUUUAAAAAUAGCCUCGAACUAAUAUUCUCAAUGGCUUCCCUCAAUCAGCAGUUCUUCUGGCUGUGUGUCAAGUGUGAUAAGAGGUACAGCACUAGGCGGAACGCUUUAGAACACAGCUGCGUUGAUCAGCCCGAAGAUAGGCUCUUCUGCCUGAAAAACGGCUGCGAUUUUUCUUGCUGGCAGCAAAGGGUCAUGCGCCGUCACUGUGAACACGAACACAACAUCAAGCCUGCAAAUAAAGCAAUACAUUGGGAAGAUCGAGAGCCCGAGCACAUGAGGCUGUUAAGGGAAGAGAGAGUUCGGCCCAUUGACGCAGAGAGAUUCCCUUUGAUUAACUUCACGCUCUAUGAUUUAGAAGUUUUCACGUCUCAAGUAGAUUCCGAUGAAGCUGACGAGUGAACUAGGGUAAACCUGCUCUUAAAGAAAUGGCAUGGGUGUCGGCGUGAUGGGAUAGGGUGAAAACAAGGGUGAAAACAAGGGUGAAAACAAGGGACAGAAUUGACUCACUUUUUGUUACACUCCGUUUACUUUUCUUUUCGUAUUCGUCUGAACAUCUACUAAUAUCAGCAACUGGACACUACUAGCAGAUUCU